AUGAAACUCAUAUUCGGCAACACUAACAGGCCUUCAAUUUGGAUGAAUUACUACAAUAGCCUGUUAUCAGCUCUUCUACUGAGUAUAUUAGCAUAUGGCUCAGCUGCUCAAUCGCCGCCGGAGCCACCGCCAGAGAAGUCUCCGGAAUCGCCUCCGGAGCCGCCACCGGAGGAGUCUCCGGAGCUGCCGCCAGAGGAACCGCCAAAGAAGUCGCCGGAGCCGUCGCCAGAAUCGCCGCCGGAGGAGUCGCUGACGGAAAAGUCACCGAAGGAACCGUCGGAGCCGUCGCCGGAGGAAUCGCCAGAAUCUCCACCGGAAGAGUCUCCAAAUCCUCCGCGGGAGGAAUCGCCGGAGCCACCGCCGGAGGAAUCGCCGGAGCCACCACCGGAGCUGCAGAUAAGGUAG